CGCCGCACGAGCUCGAUCGACGGAGAGGACUUCAAACAGGUGACUCACUGAAGAUAUCAAGAAAAUAUAAUACCAACUAUUAUCUAGCUUAAAAAUUUGUCUUUUUGUUUGGGAAUGGAAAGAGUUGAUACAGACCCCCUCAGCAAAUUAACUGACCUUUUAGUUGUCGCUUUUCUCUUUACGGUACUACGAUAACACAAAAAUCACAAAAACCGGGAGCUGCUCCGGUAUCGCCACACCGACACCAAUUGAAGUUGGAUAUCUUGGGGGUUUGUAGCGGCGCUCAAGCUGUCACUGGCACUCUACAGCACCGCCAUUGCUUUUUGUAAAAAACUCGAUUUGUUUUCUAUAUUCUACAUCUGAAACGGCAUUGUCAUGGUCAUGGAGGGCUUCAAUGGCUGUGUCCGGGGCCAAUUGAGGCAGUCCCGCGCCCAAUUGGCCCGCCACCUUGGCUCUGGCCGUGGCCGUGUCUCUGUCCCUGUGCAAGCUCGGUUCUACUCUGCACCUGCGGCUAACUCGAUUCCGGCGGCCAAGAAGAAGUACGUGCCGACGACGGGGUCCUAUCCUCUCGGCUUCAGCACGUCGGGCACCAUAGUGGGAGUCAAGCCGGCCAACACCACCAAGCCCGAUCUCGCCUUCAUCGCCUCAGACCGCCCUUGCGCCGCCGCCGCCGUCUUCACCAAGAACAAGUUCCAAGCCGCCCCCGUGACCUUCAGCCGGAGUCUGCUGGAAAAGGCUGCAAACCAGGGCAUCAAGGCUGUCAUCAUCAACUCGGGCUGCGCCAAUGCCGUCACGGGCAAGGGCGGCUUGGAGGAUGCCACUAAGAUGGCCCGCGAGGCCGACAGGUGCCUGGGCCAGACCAAUGCCACUAUUGUCAUGAGCACUGGAGUCAUUGGCCAGAGGCUGCCCAUCGACAAGAUCAUCAAGAACGUGCCGGCUGCACACAGCGCCCUGGGGUCGACCCAUGAGCACUGGCUCGCCUGCGCCAAGGCCAUCUGCACCACCGACACCUUCCCCAAGCUCAUGUCGCGCACCUUCACCCUGCCGUCCUCGCCAUCGACCGAGUAUCGGAUAGCCGGCAUGACCAAGGGCGCUGGCAUGAUCCACCCCAACAUGGCCACCUUGCUGGGUGUCAUCGCCACCGACGCCCCCAUAUCCCCGGCCGCUCUGCCCUCGGCCCUCAAAUACGCUGUGGAUCGCUCGUUCAACAGCAUCACCAUCGACGGCGACACGUCGACAAACGACACGGUCGCUCUCCUGGCAAACGGCGCGGCCGGCGGCAGCGAGGUCGCCGAGAACUCGCCCGACUACGACGCCUUCCGCACCGUCCUGACCGGCUUUGCGGCCGACCUUGCCAAGCUGGUGGUGCGCGACGGCGAGGGCGCGACCAAGUUUGUGACCAUCCGCGUUGUCGAGUCGGCGAGCGAGGAUGUGGCCAGGAAGAUUGCCAGCACCAUUGCCCGGUCGCCUCUGGUCAAGACUGCGCUAUAUGGCAAGGAUGCGAACUGGGGACGUAUUCUGUGCGCCACUGGAUAUUCGUUGAUCUCCGAGCCUGGAAUGCCCGUCAACGACGUGCCCGAAAUUGUGCCCGAGAAGACGAACGUCUCGUUCAUCCCCACAGACGGCACGGCCGAGCUUAAGCUAUUGGUGAACGGCGAGCCAGAGCAAGUGGAUGAGGCGAGGGCUGCCGAGAUCCUCGAGCUCGAGGACCUUGAGAUCCUAGUCAGGCUAGGAACUGGCAACAAGGAGGCGACCUACUGGACAUGCGACUACAGCCACGAGUACAUCACCAUCAACGGCGACUACCGCACGUAAAGACAAGAGGGUGGGUUCGUUCGGUGGGGUUGGGGGACUAGAUCCAAAGUACAUAGAUUCAUGGGGAAAAAACGUAGAUACGUGUGCUGGAUACACGCACCAGCGCACCAGCGGAGCGUAAUGAACAGAAUAUGCUUCUUAAAAGGAAAACCCCUCGAUGUCAAAACAAUUAGCACAUGAGGUUCUGUUUCCCCUAUUGUUUCCUUCAAUGUCAACAAUUAGAUGGCCUAGGGUUAGGGUUGAGGUGAGGUCUGAAGGCCCCCAGAAAGAAAAGCACUUAAAAUCGGAGACGCGACUUU